UUCGCUUUUGCGGCUACUGUUGUCGCCAGCGCUACCGGCUCCGAGGAAGAGGAGAGUUGUUUUUUUUUCCUCCCCUCCGUCAUCGAGCUGCGACCGGAAGAUGGGAGUCGCUGGCCGUAAAAUGACCGAGCGAGGUUGCGAUGGUCUCCUGAUCGUGGUCUUGUUGCUCCUGACGCUUGUCAAUGAAAUCUCGGCUCUCUGGGAUGCAAACGAGGAGGACCAGUGCGACGUAGCCAUCAGGGAAAUCGUCAACGAGGACAGAGCGACGAUAGUGGACGAGACGGCCUUCAGAUUACACGCAACUUGGAUAUCGCAAGAAUGCGAGAUCCGCACGGGUCCGGAGUACGUGAUCCGCAAGUACACGUUCUUCGAGAACGGCACCUUCCUGCUAAUGCGCCAUUACUACGCCGAGGAGUCGUGCAGCAUAGCCACGCACACAGUGACGGCCCGAGGCGUCAUCAAGAUCCUUGGCAACUCUCUGGUGACGCCAGGUGCCACCGAAGCGCGGUAUCAGCUGGACACCGUUCACGUCUCGCCGCUCAAUCGCCAGGUCGCUCACAAACUAGGUCAUCGCGUGAACGUGUCGUGCGGGCCUCAGCCGCGUUGGCGUCCUUAUUCGGCUCAGCUGGUUUACGAGCGCGCACCUGAACGCUCGUCCUGGUCGACAGCUGGCCAAGGACCGCGGUACAACUCGUUCCUGGCCCACCAGCAACAGCAGCAGCAACACGCCCACCAUCACCUUCACCACCAGCAUGGCCAUCACCAGGACCAAGGACUGCCCAUUGGCAGUGGACUGUUGCGCAGCAAGAGCGUUGACUGCUUGGAGCCGUUGAACAUUGAUUUUAACGAGCUCCGGCUGAUCAGGGUGCAAAGGAGGCCAACUGGAUUCAGGUCAGCCAGCCUCGGGAAAAGUGAAAAACCGAGGAUCGAACUGUUCCUGGGAAGUCUGCCACCCGAUCACGUGUCCAAGAGGUCGCACAGGCCCACCUCGUUGCAACCCACCGCACUGCUCAGGACCGAUACUAUACAUAAUUGCCCCAUUUGUGGUGCCAUUUUUCGUGGUACGGAAAACAGUCCCCCCCUUUUACACGAAGUCGUGGCUCUUCCUGCACUCCUCGGUGGUUCCUGGAUAAGUCCGAUAUGCGAAAGCCAUCCAGGUGGUGUCUGGCUACGCCGUCAACUACGAAUCUUUGCUGGCGAUAAGUUGUGGACCGGACGCUGGGACUACUUCAGCGACUCGCGCUGCAGCUCCUACCUUUAUGGCAUCACCGCAGCGGGCAGCUAUGUACAACGCGCUCGCCGCCACCGUAGGCACGAUGCCAGUGUCAUAGACGAGACCGGCUUGAUAGAUGACAAGCUGUUGACGAGGGAAAGGCGGCAAGCUCUUGAAACGACACCCAGCCAGAGUGACAGCAGAUCUGGCCGACCGGAGAAACUCGAUGCGAUAACGGGAACUGUACCACUUUCGGUGACAGGCGGGAGCUCGGAGCUGUCCAGGGACAAUAGGCGAAAGCGCAGUCUCGACGAGGUCGACUACUACCGUCACCUGCUCCAGAGCGUCCAACCCUCGAUGGCUGAGUCGCUAGCUGCCGUCCUACGCGGCAACCAACGCCGGGAGGAAACGACGCGCAAGCCCUUGCCCUCGCCCGCCCCAACCGGUACGACCGAGCUGGAUCUGCACGUGGCCGAGAGCCUCCUGAUCGCCGGCGACGUAGCUUUGGCUAAACGGUGCGGCGCGAAUCUUCCCGAGGGACCACCACCUAAGAAUCUCAGGAUGUCAAACUGGCCGUCCAGCUGCGUCCCCCACUCUCUGGAAUCGCCAUCGACUUUGGGUCUGCGGGCAAGGAUCAGCGUCGACUGGUACGGACAGUACUCGUUGCUGCUUGGCAGCAGGGACAAACACCUGUGGGAUGCCCCGCUGAUGCAGUGUGGUCCGACGAGUAUGAGGAAUCCACAGCUGAGGCUGCAUCUACGCCGUAGUGUAGGACUGAGAUUCGGGAUUCUCUUUGGUAACUCGAGUGCCUCAAUCAGUGGGACGAAUAAUGUCUGGACGAUACUGUUGAUGGGACAGGUGGUUCUUGCGUGGAUUGGUUACAGUGUGGUGCGGUGA